AUGAAGUUCAGAAAUUCAUCCCUUCUUUUUGCGCUCAUCGCGGCUGCAGACUUAGCGGCAGGUCACGGUGCCAUCGUCAGCGCCUCCGGAGACCAAGGCGGACAAGGGAAUGCUAUCGGAAUCGACCAAAACACACCCCGAGAUGGAACAAGGCGAAGGCCUUUCCAACAGGAUACUACCCGCUUCCGCGGAAGUCAGAGGAACACAUGCGGAGAAACAUUGCUGAAUGGUGACAAUGAUAUUGAAGCCGGGACCCAAAAGGUUAUGGACGACAACGGAGGGACCCUUCCUCAGGUUUCUCCCGGUGGCGAGCUUCAAAUGACCCUACAUCAAGUCAAUGCCGAUGGUGGUGGGCCGUACAAGUGUAUGAUCGACUCUACUGGAACUGGAACUCAGUGGCAAGACAUUCAAGUCACUCAGAAUGUUCCCGGUCGGCUGGGUAUCAAUCUUCGCGGUCGUAAAACCGACUUUCCUUUAACUGCCCAAAUUCCAAACAAUCAGGAAUGUACAGGCACAGUUGCAGGUCAGGAAAAUGUUUGCAUGGUCCGCUGCCAAAAUCCCGCGCUCGCGGGGCCAUUCGGGGGCUGUGUUCCUGUUCAAAUGCAAGGCGCAGCAACUGGUGGCAAUCAGGGCAAUAAUGGUAAUGGGACUAAUGGGAACAACGGCGGGAAUAACGGCGGGAAUAACGGCGGGAACAAUGGCGGGAACAAUGGCGGGAACAAUGGCGGGAACAAUGGCGGGAACAAUGGCGGGAACAAUGGCGGGAACAAUGGCGGGAACAAUGGCGGGAACAAUGGCGGGAACAAUGGCGGGAACAAUGGCGGGAACAAUGGCGGGAACAAUGGCGGGAACAAUGGCGGGAACAAUGGCGGGAACAAUGGCGGAGACAACGGCGGGAAUAACGGCGGGAACAAUGGCGGAGACAACGGCGGAGACAACGGAGGAGAUAAUGGGGGGAAGAACGGUGGGUUUCUCGGUGGCUUCCUUGAUGGCGUUCUCGGUGGUGGUGGUGGCGGCGGUGCUGGAGGUUUCCUCGAUGGCAUCCUUGGAGGGGGAAAUAAUAAGGGUCAGAACCGAGGCGAUCAAGACCAAGAUCAAGGAGGACAACAAGAUGACCCGUCUUUUGAUGCAGAAGCCGAUAGGCAAGCGGCGGAUGCUGCCGAAGUCGAGUGAGGGACGCUUUCACCCAGCCGGCAACCCAUCUCAGCAACGGACGAUUUACCCCUAUCAGCUGUCCGCUUUCAACUCUUGCGAUCGAUGUUUCGAUUUUAUUCUUCUCAUUUCAGCAUUCAGAUAUCUACAAACCGCAUAAUUCUAG